GAGACGACGAUCAAAUCGCAGCUUAAUUUUAGCGAAAUAACAUUUUACAAGAUAGUUUCUUCAUUUUCGCCUGCUAUGAGUUAAAAUAAAAUAUAGAAAUGCCUACGGGGGCAGAACGGCCGGCUUCGAUGCCUUUUCAGGAUAGUCAGUACAACUGGACGGACGAUUUACCAGUUUGCAAACAAUCCGGAGUGGGUUUUUCCACCAAUCAGAUAUAUCGGGAAGAUGGGUAUCGACAAGAGGAGCAUCCAUUCGAAGAUCGCAGUUUUCACUGCAGAUACGACGACUCCACAUUUCUUUACGGUGUAUUUGAUGGUCAUGAAGGUACCAAAGCAGCUAAUUUUGCUAUGCAAAGAAUAGCUGCAGAAAUCUUACUCGGACAGCUGAUUGGCAAGGCAACUGACGAAGAAGUAAAAGAGGUUCUCCGACAGGCAUUCAUAGCAGUUGAAAAAGGAUAUUUGGAGUCAAUAGGUGAUCUAUUGGCGGAACGUACUAGUCUACAAUUUGAUAUUCCCGAUGGACUGAACUCUUAUGAAACAUAUCAGAAGUUUCCAGACUUGGUUGACAAGCUAAAUGCAUUAAAUUGCGAACUGUCUGCUGGAACCAGUGCCGUGGUUGCUUUGGUAUUUAAAGGGCGAUUGUACGUCGCGAAUGUCGGUGACAGUAGGGCAUUGUUAUGCAAAACAGAUAGCAAUCAAGUCCUAAGAGUCGUGCAAUUAAGCGUGGACCAUGACUUGAGAAACGAGGACGAGCUGCUGCGACUGUCUCAGUUAGGUUUGGACGUCGAAUCGGUCAGACAAGGUUCUCACCUUGGAAAUCAGGAAAACACACGCUGUCUCGGUAAUUAUCUCGUCAAGGGAGGAUACAGGGAGUUCGAAGAACUGGCAUCUUCUGCGGCGGAACCCAUUAUCGCAGAACCGGAGAUCCAUGGCAGUAUCGAGCUGGAUGAAUCCUGCAGAUUCUUGUUGCUCAUGUCACGUGGCCUGUACAAGUCGUUGGAGGAAGCGACCGGCACCGAACAAGUUAACAAAGAAUUGGCUCUAAUAGCGGUUGAACAGUUUCGAGUACAAUCAACUUUGACUGGCGUUGCUCAAGCGGUAGUGGACAAGAUAGUGAGAAUUCAUCAUGACGUGAACAUGAGCACCCUGACCAGCGGCAAACGAGACGACAUUACACUCUUGGUGCGGAACUUCAAUUUCCCGCUACCGCACGCUCUGAAGAGCCCGACCAGCCAGUCCGUCAGAUUCAAUCCCGUGGUGCAGACCGCACCGAUCAGGACCAUACCAGAUAACGAAGACUUCUCGAGUACCGGCACCGGUAUCACCGACGACAACUUCGACACGUCCACGACCGAGACUUCGACGACUACGUCGGACAUGUAUCCACCUAACGCCAGAAUAACAGAUCGAAACGCCAAGAUCAAGCCCUACGUCGAUUUCUCGGAGUAUUACGAAAACGUCGAUAAGAGACGGCAGGAGGGAACUUUACCGGAAGGAUCUCCAUCUGUAAGGAUUAAAUUUAUAGAAGUCUGAGAGAGAUAGAGAGAGAGAAAGAGAGAGAAAGAGAGAGUAAUAUCUGUUCGAGAGUCUGAGGGGAAAAAAUGCGCGAGAUUAAGCCUAGAAAAUCGAAACCGGGACCUUCCACUUGCUGUCCGUGCUCCCAUUUCCGGUGUGGGAAGAACUGGAGCCAGACGGGAAAUAUGAUUUCAGGAACCGUUUUAUACGUACUCCGCCGUGGAAUGUUUCUCCGUUCAAUCAGUUUUGCUUCACCGAGUUUCAAUACAGCUGAAUGUUCGGACGAAUGUUGUCAAUCGCAGCAACAAAGAUAUCCCGUUCUUCUCCGACCGGUGCCUCUUCACUUACACGAACUGAGAUUUUCCCACGUUACAUUAAUUAGGCUAGACUAGUAUCUUAUAAGAAUGAUCGAGGACGAUAUUGUAAUUAUGUGUAAGCAUAAGCGAAUGUUCCUAUCAUUGCAGCACAUGUAUUUCUCAUUGAUAUUUAAACGCGUGUUACUUAACACAUCAGUUUGCAAUAUUUAUGCAAUAUUUUUGCGACGUUUGUUACUAUUCUGUACAGUAUUGUUACGUAUAUUUGUUUCGUCGAGAUAAAAUAUCACCUGUGUAAAUUUAUCCGAGAGUAUGAGAAUGAGAGAGAGAGAGAGAGAGAUAUUAAACAACUUGGUGAGUUGCAA